AUGGAUCUUUCCAUGGCUACCGGCCCGGAAGACUCCCUCCUCCUGCUCCUCCUCCCGGCUACCACCCUGCUCCCACCGCUGCUCGCCGUGCUCCUCCUCGCCGCCUCACUCCUGUGGCUCUCACCGGGCGGUCCGGCGUGGGCCUUGUCCCUCUGCCGUGUCCCGCCGCCAGGCCCACCGGGCGUGGUCACCGCGCUCUCCAGCCCCGUGGCGCACCGCGUCAUGGCGGCGCUGUCCCGCUCUGUCCAUGGCGGUGCGGCAUUGAUGUCCUUCUCCGUCGGCCUCACCCGCGUCGUCGUGUCGAGCCGGCAAGAUACGGCGCGUGAGAUACUCGUCAACCCGGCGUUCGGCGACCGCCCCGUGAAGGACGCGGCGCGCCACCUUCUCUUCCACCGCGCCAUGGGCUUCGCCCCGUCGGGCGACGCGCACUGGCGUGCCCUCCGCCGUCUCGCCGCGGCGCACCUCUUCGGCCCGCGCCGCGUGGCGGCCUCCGCACCCCACCGCUCCUCUAUUGGGACGCGCAUGCUCGGCGACGUCGCCUCCCUCAUGGCCCGCCACGGCGAAGUCGCCCCUCGGCGGUUCCUGCACGCGGCGUCCCUAAACCACGUCAUGGCCGUCGUCUUCGGCAAGCGCUACGACGACUUCACAAGCCAAGAAGGCGCCCUCGUUGAGGAGAUGGUAAACGAAGGGUACGACCUCCUCGGCACGUUCAACUGGGCAGAUCACCUGCCAUUCCUCAAGUGGCUCGAUCUCCAGGGCGUGCGCCACCGGUGCAACAGGUUAGUCCGGCAGGUGGAGGCGUAUGUCGGUAACAUCAUUCAGGAGCACAAGGCGAGGCGCGCCAGCGGGUCAGGCAUUGCGGAUGAGCUCUCCGGCGACUUCGUCGAUGUGCUCCUCGGCCUCGACGGAGAAGACAAGAUGUCAGAGUCCGACAUGAUCGCCGUCCUUUGGGAGAUGAUCUUUAGAGGGACGGACACGGUGGCGAUCCUGAUGGAGUGGAUCAUGGCGAGGAUGGUGGUGCACCCGGAGAUCCAGUCGAAGGCCCGGGCGGAGCUGGACGCCGUGGUGGGGCGGGGCAGGGCAGUGACGGAGGACGACGUGGCGAGGCUCCCCUACAUCCAGUGCAUCGUCAAGGAGACGCUGCGCAUGCACCCGCCGGGCCCGCUCCUCUCGUGGGCGCGGUUGGCCGUGCACGACGCGCACGUCGGCGGCCACCUCGUCCCGGCCGGCACGACGGCGAUGGUGAACAUGUGGGCCAUCGCGCACGACGCGGCGGUGUGGCCCGAGCCGGAGCAGUUCCGGCCGGAGCGGUUCAUGGAGGAGGAGGUGAGCGUGCUGGGCAGCGACCUCCGGCUGGCCCCGUUCGGCGCCGGGCGGCGCGUGUGCCCCGGCAAGAUGCUGGCCCUCGCCACCGUCCACCUCUGGCUGGCGCAGCUGCUGCACCGGUUCGAGUGGGCGCCGGCGACCUCGACCUCGGGGCGCGUCGACCUGUCAGAGCGCCUCAAGAUGUCGCUGGAGAUGGCCACGCCGCUGGUGUGCAGGGCCGUGGCUCGCUAG